AUGCUCAGGAAAACCUUCUUGCUGGCCCUUUGGGCUAGUGGUGUUGUUACCGGAGGAGCCCUGGCGGCCGAUCCAAAUGCCAACUCAGUCGAGUCUUAUGACUCUAUUGCGACAGUGGCAGAUAUUGUGGAAUACCCUGAUCCUCACAAGAAUCUCGCCAGACAUGGCUUGGCCUAUGUCCUGCAGCGGAGGAAGCACAAGUCUAGCAGCAGCAGCAGCGGUAGUACUAUAUGGGGGCACAGCGGUGGUAAAGACACCACCACAAAGGCAGAGCAGAAGAAGACGACUACCACCAAGAAAGAGGAGCCGACAACCACGAAGUCGACGACGACCACCCAUACGACCACCACUACAACUACGACUACGACGACCGAGGAGAAGCAUACGACCACCUCCAGCUCGAAGACAACUGCUUCCUCCACCACGACAUCAACCACGAGCACCACCACUAGCACAACCACUUCGCAUGCUUCUACCAUAACUUCGACUUCAUCUACUACCACUAUUCCGUCUACCACUAGCAAGACCACAACUUCAAUAUUCACCAAGACUCCUGAGGCCGAGCAUUCAGCCACUGCAAUUAGUUCAAAGUCAACAUCGUCAUCCACUACGACCUCUAGAACGUCCACUCUUGCAGUCCAGCACUCGUCGACUACAACCAAAGAAACAAGUUCUAAGUCUGUUACAAAAUCCAUCGAAGUGGAGCAUGGAUCUACGAGCAAGAUUGAUACGACCACCAAGUCUGUCACAAGCACAACAGAGCUGAGCCAUGCUUCUUCGACCAGGGCCGAGAUAACCUCCAAGUCUGUCACAAGCACUGCAGAGCUGAAUCAUACCUCUUCAGCCAGAGUUGAGACAUCCUCCAAGUCUAUAACAACCCCGGUGGAAGCGGGGCACACUCCUACAACCGGUAGAGAGACUGCGUCUAGAUCCGCGACACGCUCUGUCGAGGCAGGCCAUGCAUCUUCCACUGCGGCAGUGCACACGUCUGCUACCAGGCUUAUCAAUACCUCGCAUCAUGCUCAGCACUCGGUCACGGCAACUAGCAUACAUGCUAUUCAUACACCCGGCGCAGAUCACUCGGUUAGUGCAAGUGUUCAUGUUGGUAGCAGCACUAUCGGAGAGCCCAGCGCUGUGCCGUCGACCGUGCCGGAUUCCGAAGAUGACGAUGGUGAUGAUGAGGGCUCUUCAGACGACGGGUCUUCAGAUGACGGUUCAUCAGAUGAUGGCUCCUCAGACGACGGUUCUUCAGACGACGGCGCCUCAGAUGACGGCUCCUCAGACGACGGCUCCUCAGACGACGGCUCUUCAGACGACGGCUCUUCAGACGAUGGAUCCUCAGAUGACGGCUCCUCAGAUGACGGCUCCUCAGAUGACGGCUCCUCAGACGAUGGUUCUUCAGACGACGGCUCUUCGAACGACGACGGGUCCUCAGAUGACGGCUCCUCAGACGAUGGUUCAUCAGACGAUGGCUCCUCCUCGGACGGCUCCUCAGACGAUGGUUCGUCAGACGAUGGCUCCUCCUCGGAUGGCUCCUCCUCGGACGGCUCCUCCUCGAACGGCUCCUCGGACGAUGGGUCCUCAGACCCCAACAACAGCCAAAGCCCACCCACCCCCUCCUCCUCCACCCCCCUGAUAUACGGCAGCUCGACCUCGGCCGCAAUCCCCUCCUCGACACCCGCCGCCUCCAGCUUCCGCCCCGCCUGGGCCUAUCCAUCCUCGACCUUUAGCAUCAUGGCUUCCUCGACACCACAGAUCACGCCGGGCGCGACACCGGUUGUUUAAAGGCCUGAUCACACACCACACACCGCACACCACAUACAGAUCCCUAGACUAUGGUAUAGUCUGUCCAUCACUCGUUCUGAAUUUUCUUAUCCUGCACUUGUGUAAACAUUUCUCGAUCACAUUGACCAUACUGUCCUUGACCGACUCACAUUUCUUUCCUGUGUCAUACUUCCUUUUGAUUCUUUCGUUCAUUUAUUCUGAUUUGAAUGUAUCUGUUUUAGUUGUUGAUAAGAGGGAUGGAUUGGUUUAGCUGAGCUAAAUUAUGACCGACUACCUAGUAGGUUAGUAGUUAUGUUUUUCUUACCCUGACGGUUUUGAUUGGUU